CCGAGCGUCUGCGGGCUCUGGGCUGCCACCUCCAUGGGGCCGCGGCCAUGGCCGAGGGGAGCGAGCUGAUGAGCAGGCUCAUGAGCGAGAACGCGGAGCUCAAGAAGCAGGUGCGCCUCAUGAAGGAGAACCAGAUGCUGAAGCGUCUGCUCAGCGAGAGCUGCCAGGAGCGCGGUGGCCUCGGGAGCAGGGACCUGCUGUUCCCCCGGGCGCCCACGUACCCCGAGGACUGCUCCCCCGGGAGCGCAGUUGCAGACUUCGGAAGGUUCGCCGGUGCCCCGGAAGCGCCCUGCCAGCUGCCAACGUCCUCCCUGGAGGAGCUGCUGUGCUCGCACGCCCCCAUCUCCCGCGAGGACGACGCGUCCCCCGGCUGUGCGGCGCCCGCCCCGGUGCCCUUCAAGGCUUUCCUCGGCCCCCCCGAGCUGCACACGCCCCGGGGCACCGACUGCAAGCUGUCCCCGCUCCUGAGCCCCCUGCAGGACCCGCUGGCGGACAAGACCCUGCUGGAGCCCAGGGAGAUGGUCCGGCCCAAGAAGGUGUGCUUCUCGGAGAGCAGCCUGCCGUCGGGGGACAGGACCAGGAGGAGCUACUACCUCAACGAGAUCCAGGGCUUCUGCGGCGCCCAGAAGGACGCGCGCAUCGUCGGGGAGAUCGCCUUCCAGCUGGACCGGCGCAUCCUGGCCUACGUGUUCCCGGGCCUGACCCGGCUGUACGGCUUCACCGUGUCCAACAUCCCCGAGAAGAUCAAGCAGACGUGCACCAAGUCCCUGGACGGGUCGGUGGACCAGACGCGGCUGCGGGAGCUGACGCAGCGCUACGCGGCGCUCUCGGCGCGCCUGGAGAGGCUGGGCUACAACCGCGACGUGCACCCGGAGUUCAGCGAGUUCCUCAUCAACACCUACGGCAUCCUGAGGCAGCGGCCCGACCUGCGCGCCAGCCCGCCCCGCAGCCCGGCCGCGCUGCGCAAGCUGCUCAUCGACGUGCUGCCCCCCAAGUUCCUGGGCGACUCGCUGCUGCUGCUCAGCUGCCUGUGCGAGCUCGCCAAGGAGGACCGCAAGCCGCUCUUCGCCUGGUGA